AUGACAAGUUCGAAAAGAAGUAAAUUGCCUUGUGCAACAUGUGGUAAAGCAAUAGGCAUAUUUACAUGUCGAAGAUGUAAAAAAGAUUUUUGUUCUCGACAUUCUAUUGAACAUCGACAAACAUUGGGUAAACAAAUGGACGAGAUAAUUGUUGAUCAUGAUCAACUUCAACAAAAUCUUGUUGAUGGUACAAAAGAACCUCGUCGUUAUCCAAUAAUAAAACAGAUGGAUGAUUGA